GUCGAGCGCUCAGGUGCGAAGGGGGGGCGGUGACACGGUGUCUAUUGUAUACCUGGCCACAACGGAGAGUCGGCGUAAACCCUGCGUGGUUGUGCUGCACCACGUAGCCUUGGUUUCCGUCACGCACCUCCACGCACGAUGCGCGGCUACUACACCUCGGCGUCGUGGCUACUCAUCCUCCUUCUAGACGCGUGCUGUUUGUUGACUACGCCGGUCUCAGCACGGCUGGAGGACGUGCCCAAGUUCAACGCCAGCGCCGCCUGCAACGGGGGCACGUACAUCGCUACCAGGCAGGGCUACCUGUUCGGUCCGUCGUACGCCGACGCCGAAAUCAAGCAGCUGACAGCGGGGGCUGGAGUGCAUCGUUGUUCGUGGACCCUGGACACCAACAGUUCGGCUAAGGUGGUGCGGCUGGUGAGCCAGUACUUCUCGCUGGAUGACCACUGCGUCCAGAGCAAACUGCACGUGCACGACGGCGACUCACGGGAGGCCCCGUUGUUGGCGACCCUGUGCGGUGCUGACGUGCCCGCCGAGCUGAUCACGUCGGCGGGAGCCCUUCACUUGGAGCUCGAGUUCCGCGCCAUACAUGUCGGCGAGGGUUUCAUGUUCUACUUCGAGCAUGCCUACAGGCCGGUCGAGUGCGCGGCCGAGCUCGUGAGCUGCCGCAAUGGGUACCGCUGCGCCAGCAAUGAACAGCUAUGUGACAGAAACGACGACUGCGGCGACGGCACCGACGAAGAGGAGUGCCCCGUCUCGGCCGUCAACAGCACCGCAGUGUUCCGACCUGCUGUUUGCGGCAGUGCCCCGAGCGACACGGACCGGAUCGUGGGCGGCACGGAGGCAUCGAUGGACCGGUGGACCUGGAUCGCCCAACUGCGCAUGCCCCGUGACGAGCCGAACGGAUACCGCUGCACGGCCACGCUCAUAGCGUCCAAGUGGCUCGUCAGCGCGGCGCACUGCUUCAAAGUCUCUCUGAAGCCGGACCGGUGGGUGGUAAACCUUCGCCGGCACGGCAUCAUCCUCCAAGAGGAUGAGACUGUGGUCCGCUACGUCCAUCGCAUCAUCAUCCAUCCUGGAUACAAUGGAUUCAAACCAUGGAACGUGAGCGACGCCAUAUCCUGUACCCUAUACUUGCUCUGUGCGUCUCAUAAGAUUAACAAUGAGACUUAGAGGUUCUU